AUUCAUUAUGCAGUCUUCAACCUCCAUUUGUCCUGCAUUUUAACUACCAUUAAAGUUGUUGGAAUAAUUCCGUUUGGGAGAUCUCAGAAACUGCGAAACAUGAAUUGGAAUAUACUUCACUACCUGUCCAUUUUGUACUUCGCCCUCCCAGAUUCUCAUUAUGUAGAUUUUCCUUACAGGCUCUGUGAUGUACCCGGCAGCUUUACACAAAACAGCCGCCUUCAGUCCAACAUCGAUGCUUCAUUUCUCGUGUUAUCCUCAAACGCUUCAUACCAUAACUUCUACAAUACUUCAAUUGGGAAUGGUUCUGAUACCGUUUAUAGUAUGUUUCUCUGCUACAACUAUACCACACCGGAAAGUUGUAAGCAGUGCAUAGAAAGUGCAAAAAACGAUGUCCGAGGAGACGAUUGUUCUCACAAGAAGGAAGCAAUUGUUUGGGAGGAAGAUUGCCAGUUGCGAUAUUCCACGCAGAUGUUCUUGGGCAGCUUGAAUUCUUCUGGGAAUUUCGCUUUGGACAACAAACAUAACAACUCUGAUCCGGAGCUGUUCAGGUCCACUGUGAAUCAGACUUUGAAUAAUCUCACAAAGUUGGCAGCUUUCAACCGCUCAACUAUGUCUGCAACUGGCACGGCACCGUUUGUGGAUGGGGAUAUGAUAUAUGCUCUUGUUCAGUGCACCCUGGAUUUAUCUCACCAUGAUUGCCAGAAAUGCCUGGAGAUAGCCACAGCAGAAAUCUUGGAAAGUUUUUACUUUUCGCGAGGGGCUCGGCUUCUUAGUCGUAGCUGUUACUUGCGGUAUGAACUCUACGCGUUUUAUAAUGGUGACACAGAAGGAACAAACCACAACCCAAAAUCAGGAUUAAGUAAAAAGUGGACAAUUACAGUGGUUGCAGCUGCUGUGACUCUUCUUAUAGCAGCAGUGGGGUUCACUGCCUAUUAUCUUGCUCAUUGCUAUAGAAGAGGGAAUUCUGAAACAGAGUUAGUUCAGGGGAGUUACCCUGAUGAUGAGAUGAGUCUGCUGAAGCAAAAAUUCCCAGGAAUAAACAAUCAAGAACUUCCACAUAUUGACAUUAGAACAAUAAUAGAAGCCACAGACAAUUUCUCUGACCUGAAUAAGCUUGGAGAAGGUGGAUUUGGCCCGGUUUUUAAGGGAAAACUUCCAGAUGGAAAGAAAAUAGCAGUUAAAAGGCUUUUAACUAGUUCUGAACAGGGUUCAGAAGAGUUUAUAAAUGAAGUUGAGCUGAUCUUAAAGCUUCAGCACAAAAAUUUAGUUACCCUCUUGGGUUUUUGCAUUCAUGAGGAUGAAAGGCUGUUAAUGUAUGAAUACAUGCCCAAUGGUAGCUUAGAUGUAUUUUUCUCAGAUGAAAAUAAACUUGUACAGCUCGAUUGGAGCCAACGUCUGAACAUUAUCAAUGGCAUUGCGCGGGGAAUGCUAUACCUCCAUGUGGAUUCUAGGCUGAGGAUCAUCCACAGGGAUUUGAAACUCAGCAAUGUGUUACUGGAUGCAGACAUGACUCCAAAAAUUUCAGACUUUGGGAUGGCGAGGAUCUUUGCAGGAAAUGAUGGCCGAACUAACACUUCUGUUAUUGUUGGAACAUUCGGGUACAUGGCUCCGGAGUUUGCCAUGGAAGGCCUGUAUUCCAUAAAAUCUGACAUCUUUAGCUUUGGAGUCGUCUUGAUUGAGAUCAUUACUGCGAAAAAGAAUUCCGCUUUCCAUCUCACCAAAACUGCUCCAAGUCUAAUAGCACACGCAUGGAAUAUGUGGAAUGAAGGUAGGGGCCUGGAGCUGGUGGAUCCAUUGCUGGAAAGUUCAUUGUGUGGUGAUGAAUUCCUGAGGUGUCUGCAAAUUGGACUGCUAUGUGUUCAAGAAGAUCCACAUGACAGGCCUAACAUGGCAUCUAUAGUUUUUAUGCUGAGAGGUGAAUCUCAUGCUCUUUCCCAGCCUAAAAGACCAGCUUUCUCUGUUGGGAGAUUCACAGAUCACUAUGAAAGUCUUUUCACUGAUAUAUCUGUAAAUAGUCUGACUGUUUCAGCAGUAUUACCCAGAUACUUCAAUGAAGAUGAUCUGUGUAGCUUUUUCCAUGUGAAAAUAUUCACUCCUCUAUUUGCCUUCUUCUUGAAUCUUGAUGGUUACACUCUUACACGUAUCUUCAUUUUCAGAGCUUUCAAAAUGAUCAAUCAAAGAGCUAUUAGUGCCGUUUUCCUGUUGCUCCUACUUCAUGUUUGUGCAGCAGACCCGCUGGAUAAUCCGUGUUCGUAUAACAGAGGCAAUUACACAACCAACUCCCCCUUCGACAACAACCUCAAAACCCUCCUUGCCACUCUGCCGGCGAGGGCGGCUCAAAACCAUGGCUUUUACUACGCUUCAUUUGGGGACGGAGAUGACAAAGUGUUUGGUCGAGCGCUUUGCAGAGGAGACAUAAACUCCACGGACUGCGAAGACUGUCUGGGAAAAGCAAGUGAGAAGAUAAAACGGCAGUGCCAAUCCAGGGAAGCUCUGAUGAGAUAUGAUCAGCGUUGUCAAGUCGAGUACGGGUCUACACUCUUGAAGCGUUACAAUGGGAAGUAUCCUGACUCAACAGACCUGGAGAAACCCGUGUCUGAUCCCCUCCGUUUUUCGCGAGUUUUGAAGGAGUUGAUGGGUAGCCUUUCUGACCAGGCUGCUUACCAUUCGGGGCUCAUGUUUGCAGCUCAAAGUAGAAAUUUCUCACAACAGAUUUCUAUUUACGGGCUUGUGCAGUGUACAAGAGACUUGUCUAAUGCACAGUGCGGUGAAUGCUUGAAUAGCGCCUCGGUAGACCUUGAAGGAUGUUGUAGUUCCCGUGAAGGAGGAGCGGUUUAUGCUGGGGCUUGUUCUGUGCGUUUUGAGAUAUACCAAUUUUAUUAUAGUUCCAUAGAUACCCAUGGGCAUAAGAGAAAAAUCUGGGUUCCUGUCACAAUUGUAUGUGUUUUAGUAUUUCUGAUAGGAGUUCUGGUUGGGUGCUUUGCGCGGUAUCGUCAAAAGAGGAAGCGCGCAGGAACAGAUAAAGAGGAAACAAGCCAUAGAGGAAUGCUAGGUGAGAUUGAGGCCAGACCUGCAAUUAAUUCUUUGACUAUAGUGGGAAAAUAUGUGUUAAGUUCCCAGGAAAUGCCAGCCGUGGAGCUACCUGUCGUAGAGGCAGCCAUGGAGAUCUUUUCGCAGUCUAAUAAGCUUGGACAAGGCGGAUUUGGCACUGUUUACAAGAGUGUUCUGCCCAGUGGGGAGGAAGUGGCAGUGAAAAGGUUGUCCAGAAAAUCAUGGCAAGGGGUGGAUGAACUGAAGAAUGAGGUGAUGCUGAUAGCAAAACUUCAGCACAGAAACUUGGUCAGACUUCUUGGGUGUGGCCUGGAAGGGAAUGAAAAGCUGUUGAUAUAUGAGUUCAUGCCCAACAAAAGCCUUGAUUUUUUCCUAUUUGACUCGGAAAAGAGGAUGCUGCUUGAUUGGAAUACCCGCUUUAAGAUCAUUGAUGGAAUAGCACGAGCACUCGUUUAUCUUCAUGAGGAUUCCCGGCUGAAAGUGAUACACCGGGAUCUUAAACCUAGUAAUAUUCUGCUCGACAAUGACAUGGUUGCCAAGAUAUCUGAUUUUGGAAUCGCUAGGAUCUUUUGUGAGAACCAGAACCCUGCCAACACCAGAAGAAUCGUGGGAACAUACGGAUACAUGGCACCUGAGUAUGCAAUGGGGGGACUAUUUUCAAUUAAAUCUGACGUGUUUAGCUUCGGGGUGAUAGUGCUGGAGAUCAUCAGUGGACAAAGAAAUAGCAGCUUUUACAUCAACGGAAGCCCUCAGACACUACUGUCCUAUGCAUGGCAGCUGGUGAAUGAAGAAAUGGAAUUGGGAGUUGCAGAUCCUGUGCUGAUAGAGUCGUCUUCUCCAAUGGAAGAGAUAAGAAGGUGCAUCCAUAUUGGGGUUCUUUGUGUACAAGAAGAUCCAGCAGAGCGGCCAAGAAUGUCAGAAGUUGUUCAUCUUUUGAAAGGUGGGCAAAUGCCAGUGUCUAAACCAAGGCGGCCACCAGUUUCUUUGGGGAGAAGAUCUAACCAUAGCGGCGUUCAUCUCAACCCUUCAUCAUCUUCACUCACUCAUCUCACAGAAUCCUGUGCCACCGCAUUGAUUACUGGUAGCAUACGUGAUAGUAGACAUGCAAAAUAGUGAACCAUAUAUACAAUUAUUUACAAAUAGUUGAUAAAUAUUUUAUAUAUACGUGUAAUACUUAUAUAAGAGGUUUUGGUUCAAUCUCUUUCUAUAGUCAAAUAUAUCAAAUCAAAUUAAAACUAACAAUAUCAAUGUAAACAUUUUUUUAUGUGA